UCAGGGUAACCAAGGGAACAAACUAGUGGUGGGAAAACUGAGAACAAGGAACAUGUGACACAGGAAAACAAACACAGAACCCUGACAUUACUCCCCCCUCCCGGAAGGCGCGACUUCGCGCCUCAAAAGAGUCCAACUGGGGGGGGGGGGCACCCUGGAGGCCGUGAGCAGGAGCAGACCGGCUAAGAUGCCUCCAGGAUGGCCCCGGCCAUGCAGGUGUCGACGAGGCUCUGGGAUGGCGGCCAUCUUGCGACGAGGCUCUGGGAUGGCGGCCAUCUUGCGACGGAUCCUUGAACUGAGGACGUGGGGAAGUGCCGGAGGACAGAAAUGGACCGAUUCAUUGGAGGGGUAUGUGGAGGGAACCGGCGGGGAGUGAGCUGACCAGGCUACGUGUGUGUCUGAUGGGGCUGGAUGAGGACGAUACUUCUCUACUUUUUCUUCAACUUCAAAAUUUGAACCAUUUAAAUAGACCAUGAGAUUAAUUGACUCGGCUAGAGAGAAAAAACAAGCAGGUUCACUAUAACGAAUGGUAUCCUCAUCCAGCCCCAUCAGAAAACAAGCACUAAAGGACGCAUCAGGCCAGCCCACCUGACAAGAGAGCUCAGAAAACUCCUCCACAUACCUCUCCAACGGACGACCACUCUGCCUUAAACCACACAGGUGGUCCUCAGCCAGGAUGGUGUUGUUUAAGUCGGUUCUUCUGUCACAGUCCAUGAUGGUUGACAAAGGGCACAACCAUGGGGAAUCCAAAGAACAGUCUUUAAUGACAACAACCAGGAGUACAAUGGAAACCAACCACGAACACAACGUAAAACGCAGACGAGAACCAACAAAGACUGAGGAAAAACACAGGGACUGUAUACAGGGCAAACAGAGGGGCAAACGAGGCUAAUUAACAAGACACAGCUGGGACCAAGGAACUAAAUCAGGGUAACCAAGGGAACAAACUAGUGGCGGGAAAACUGAGAACAAGGAACAUGUGACAACAACAAACACAGGAAAACAAACACAGAACUCUGACAGAUAUUUUACUUCAUAACUUGUUAAAUGUGGAUUUUUUUCUUUACACAAAUGCAUCGCUUCCCUUUCAGAGGGCCCCUAUUAACCCCCCAGAGCCAUGUGGAAUACGUUUUAUGAUGGAUGGAUGUGGAUGGAGACACUUUUUUCAGCUCAUACUCGUUGCUCACUGCCAUAAAGCUCGGAUGCGUCAGGAUAUUUAUUAAUAUAUCUCCAAUUGUGUUCAUCAGAAAGAAGAAAGUCAUAUACACCUAGGAUGGCUUGAGGUGUGGGUGAAUGCUGUCACGGUGGCGAUGCCCUUGGAGGUGACAUGGCCCUUCCCACAAUGCCCCCGCCUGGGCUGGAGAAUAUCCAGCCGAGUGGUCAUGGGAAUGGUGGGUUCAUACAGUUACCUUUGGACCAAGUAUUUUAACUCUUUGAUGGUGCACAACCAGGAUGUUUUGUUGGACCUGGUCGAAGAGCGUCCUCAGGACACGCCUCUUAUCACAUUAUGCAAUCAUCAGUCCUGUAUGGAUGAUCCACACAUCUGGGGAGUCCUGAAGCUCCGGCAUCUGUGGAACUUUAACAGGAUGAGAUGGACACCUGCUGCCUCUGAUAUCUGUUUCACAAGAGAAUUCCACUCCAGAUUCUUCAGCAGAGGGAAAUGUGUGCCUGUUGUUAGAGGAGAUGGAGUCUAUCAGAAAGGAAUGGAUUUCCUUUUGGAAAGGCUGAAUCAUGGGGAAUGGGUACACAUAUUUCCAGAGGGUAAAGUUAACAUGAGUGGAGAGUUCAUGAGGAUAAAAUGGGGAAUUGGACGUUUGAUUGCUGAGUGCUCUCUUCACCCAAUCAUUUUACCUAUGUGGCAUAUAGGUCUAAAUGAUGUCCUACCAAAUCAAACUCCAUACAUCCCUCGAGUAGGACAGCGAAUAACUGUUCUAGUUGGAAAACCAUUCACAGUCAGACAUCUGGUGAAUACAAUGAGAGCUGAAAACACAAGUUCGAUGGAAAUGCGAAAAGCAGUGACAGACUUUAUUCAGGGGGAAUUUCUCAGUUUGAAAGCCCAGGCAGAGGCUCUUCAUCACAGGAUACAGAACCGCACAUAAUGGUGAAGAACUCAUCGCAGGAUAAAGGGCUAUACAGUACUAUACCCAUCAGCUAACACUGGCCUUACAACUCAGCAUAGACAUUGAGCAGAAAGAAACAUACGAACUACAUAUAAAGAGGUUUACAUAAUCCUUUUAAGGAGUGUUAUAUCUGUGAUGAAGUAACCGUAUCUGUUGACUUAUGCGUGGACAGUCAGAUAUGGGCUAAAGGAAAGCAGAGCUCUUGAGUUGUGACUUUUUAAGCCAUGUUCAGGACCUCAGGACACAGUAUGUGACUGGAAAUGCCUUUGAGACUGUGGAGCACAAUAUGUGGCAUUCUCCCACAGUCUUUUUCUAUUUAAUUGUACAGAAUACUUGACCCAUCAAAAAAAAAACAAAAAAAACAUAGAAUGAUGAAAGUAGCUCCUUUACUAGUAACACAUGUCAGUGAGUCAUUCUCCUUUUUUCUUUGUAUUAAUUUUCUUAAACAUUUGAACAUAUUAAAUUUGUUUGCAUGCUCAGUUGUCAUAGCUGGAUCAGUAAAUGUCAUGACAGACAUAUUAACAAUGCCAAAUUCUUGAUUUACUGUGGGAAUGUUGAAGAAUUUAUUAAAGCUUUACAGAUUGAGACAUUUGAAAUGAUAGUACUAGCUGUUAGAGUUUUUAUAUUUGUUGCAGUAUUUGACUGUACAUACACUGUAAACACAGAAGCUGUACUGAAUUAUUUCACAAUGCACAUGCAUUUCAUUUGUGCCUAACCCACAUAAUUUUCAUUCUCGUUUGCAAUGAUGGAACAGACAGAAUAUAUAAAAGUCUGCUGUACUAUAAUACUUAAAAUCAUAUCAUGAAAUGAGAAUUGAUUAGAAGCAUGUGAAAGUUGACCAUGUUUUGUUAAAUACAUUUUAGGGAUAAACAGACAUUUGAUCUUGUUCAGAAUAAAAAUCAGCUAAAAUAAAAAGAUAA